ACGAAUGUUUAACGACACCCCAGCACGAAAAAUACAUCGGCUACUGGGUACAUUGUGUUGCGUGUAUGUAUUGUGCGUUGUGUUGAGCGUCCAUGCAUGCGUGCGUGUGUAUUGCGUGUCUCCUUACAACUAUUUGUUUUCAUUCCAUUGCACAUACGUAAUAAUGAUUUCAGUCUACAGUACAUGACACUUACAUUAGCCUUUACUUGGUGAGAUGCUUUUAUUCAUUUACUCAUUUUUUUUUUUUUUCUCUUUUUUUUUUUUACAUCAUCUGCUCACAAAUGUACUCUAAAUACUAGUCAUGAAUAAACAUGAAUUUUGUGGCUUCAAGACGACAUCUGAGAUGAAUAGCUCACUAAAAUGUAUUCACUGCCUAUGCGCUUGUCUCUCCGGCUGGUCACUGCAAGCCUACACGAAGAGGUGCGUUCUAUAUUGGUUUCUGUUUCAGAAACACGCCCUCCCAUUGGCGGACCACUCGCAAAGACACGCAUAGCGACUCGCUGGCUUUCGUUUAAAUGCUUCAUCAUCUUUUAAUUGAUUCAGGUAUUCUGAUCUUGGUGGAAACGUGCAAGAAAAAAAGAAGAAGAAGAAGAAAGGCGAUCAAAUAUUGUUGGAUUAUUUUGAUGAUGAAGGAUUAAUUCAAAAUUAAUUCACAGAAUAAAUAUUGUAGUGUUUUGUUUUGUAACUGAAGAAGAAGAGGUUAUAAUAAGUGGAUUGUUUGUUAAAGAAGAAAAAUUCAUAUACAGUCGAUUGUUGGAGAAAACAGAUCAGUAGUUAAUGGAUUGUUUAUUGAAGAAAGAAGCUAAAUAUAAUGGAUGCCUGAUUGUUGAAGAAAACGAAAGUCUAUAGUUAAUGGAUUGUUGAAGAAAAAAGUCGAUAUUUAAUGGAUUGUUGAACAAUAAUCUAUAUUUAGUGGAUUAUUUGUUGAAGAAAAAAAAUCGAUAUUUAAUAGAUUGUUGAAGAAAAAAUAUUUAUUUAAUAUAUUGUUGAAGAAGAAAAAAAACCCCCUAUAUUUAAUGGAUUGUAUGUUGAAGAAAACAAAUCUAUAUUAAAUGGAUUGUCGAAUAAGCAAAAUCUAUAAUUAAUGGAUUAUUUAUUAAACAAAACAAAAAACCCUCGUUAUUUAAUGGAAUGUUUGUUGAAGUAAAAUUCUACAUUUAACGGAUUGUUUGUCUGAAGAUUCCGGAUUACGCACACACACGCUACUCAUUCGACGAGGGGAUAGUUAAAAUGGCAUUUAUUAUCCAAAUGGUGGUUUUCGUUGUGGAUUACCCUGUGUUUUGACAUGUGCGUUGGACGAGCGAGAUUGUGAGGGACUACACGUGCUACAGUUGUUGCGGCGGUGAUGGGAGUCUACAGGAGAGACGAGCCGAGCCGCCACUCUAUGGACGUGAACAUGACGGCGCCGUGCUACCUACACGACGCCCACGAGGCAUGUCCGCGGUGCGCCGACAACCCAGGUGACCACGACACGCUCACAGAACGACUGCACGGGGUCACCUACUGCACGCCAGGGGCAAACACGCAGCGCAGUAAUACGUGGCCUGGCGGUGGGAGACGGAGAUGCAGAUCGACGCCAGGUAACGACGCCGACGACGACGGCAGCAGCAACAGCACGAGAUGCAGAUACGUAAGUUUCAGAUCGCCAUCCUCGUCUUUGACUGGUCACCACGGUCUGCUGGACAGUGGUCAUCUGCUGGAGUCGCAACCGGAAGUUCCGGCAACUCGGGUCGACGCGCACCCUUGGCUGACUUUGUGUGAUCGCGGUAUAUUUAAAACGUGGACACGGAGAAAUAUGCUUCGUCUUCUAGGACGAUGUGUGCUAGUGGUGUUGAUAGUUUCGUGUGGAGGACUGAUAGUCAACUUGAAAAGACCUCAUCUUGAAUCCAGUGGGAAGGAGCCCGACUUAGCGGAAAUAUUAGAUGAUCCUUCUCUACAGGAUGUACGAUUGCAACCAGUAUCAGUUAAAGAAUUUAGAGAAAAAAUACGGACUACAAAAAAUUAUUAUGACUUCUAUAAAAUAUUCUUGAAUAGGGAUUUACCGAACAGUGUAAUAGAUGAGAUUGUGAACGCGCGGACCAUAAAGCGAUUCUUGUCCGGGAUCGAGUCACGGCAGAAGAAGGACGAGGAUGAGGAGUCGGAUUACGAUUUGGCGUUCGGGGACGAGGAAGACGAACACUUGGACGAAGAGUUGGCGGAGGCGCUGUUCCACAUUGAUGAGAUGGAGAACAGUCCACUGAAGGAGUGCAAGUUCGCGCAGCCCGAGGUCGUGCACGUGACAGACGAUAGCACCGGGAAUAAAAUUUAUGUUCCAGACUUCACGGUGGUGUACCGUUGUCGUAACGUCAGUGGUUGCUGUGGCAACUCUUCUCAGGAGUGCGGUCCCAAAAAACUACAGGUCAUAGAGAGAGCCUUCCUGGUUAUGGAAAUCUUCACACAAGAAGGCGGUAUGAUUCUGCCUCAUGGCAAACAGAUGGUGGAGAAGCGAGUGUUCAUCAACCAUACGGAGUGUGGCUGCAGGGACAAGCCAAAACUUCCAGGCUGUGAUAGGUACCAGUGUCCGUUCCCGUUCACGAAGAUGCGGCCGCAGCACCGGUGUCUGUGUGACUGCUACCGGGCGGCGCACGAGAGAAACCACUACUGUCAGGGAAUCAAGGACGGGCGCACACCGCUUGACGAACAGGCCUUAAUGUGCAUCAAGUCCGGGAAGUGCCUGAAACCCGAGUGUACGGAGGGCGAGUUUAACGUCAGGGACGGGUACUGCCCGGAACUGGCGGAAGACAGACUGGCUCUUCAGUUUUACGACCCGUUCGCCAACUACAGAAACAUGGACAAAUCGAAAAACAUUGCCAUCAAAAUAAAGUACAAAAAAUCGCAGAACAAAAAGACGAAAGCGAAGCACCAUAAGAAAUCGCGAAUCAAGACAGAACGUGGACGUGUUUAGGUUUUGGUUCUACCUCCAGAUCUUCACCAAUGUGCUAUCUUACGUUUUACAACAAAAACACACAAAAAAACAGACCCCCCCAAAAAUGGUUCUAUUGAACUCACUGUUCAAGGUCAGUAGCAGCUAAAGCCAAAUUCCUGCGACUUGUAAUGACAAUAUAUUGCGUGGAAUAUGUUUUUCAUUAUAUAAAAUAGAACAUGCCCUGAUUCAAAUCUGCCACAACACAUGGUGUGCAACAAGCCAUAGAGAUAGAUCUGAAGUCCAGAUUUUGGCUUAAUCUUGCAACAGAUACCUUUAAGAAUUGUGGGAAGUCAGGGGACAUUGUGACUAGUGGUCUUUCAAACCGAUAUUGUAGAAGACGUAAGUAGGCUAAAGAUACUCCAUAGAUAACAUAACGACAUUUAGAUGCCUCUAAAUAUGAGGAUUUGUACACCGGUUCGACUCACAUUCAACAGUUGUGUAGAUCUUUAAGAACUCCACUUGACUAAAUGUUAGGCACAAUCAAUGAGAACUACAGCUGGAACCGUUUGAGAUGAAUCUAUCAAAACUAUAUUUAAAACGACACAAUAAAAGUGUAAUGUAUACAUGGUGGUGAAUGUUAACUUCACAGUGCGUCUAACUAUGUAUAGAAGGUGAGUUCACAGUGCGUCUAACCAUGUAUAGAAGGUGAGUUCACAGUGCGUCUAGCCAUGUAUAGAAGGUGAGUAGACAAAUACGCCGAAUAACCAGGAGACUUAAUUAAAAUGUGCCGAGGGUACCCUGCAGUGGUUCGUACAAGUAUCUAGCCUCUGUGUAACUCAAGUGACAAUGCCGGGAGUUCGUCUGCUAUGGAAGAAACAUAUCUUGAGAAACUGCGAACUGAAAUGUGCGAAUGCUGUAUAACUUAUGUGUUGUUACUGAACUAUAUGAUAACAUUAUAGACACAUGCGGCCUAAUUCACUAAACUUUGGCGAUCUUGUAGUGCAAUGCAAAUGGCAUGCAAAGCCAUGCGACGUUAAUUAAGAGAGCCUUGGAGAGCUUUGUGAAUUAGGCUUCUGGUUCGUAUAAAUCUGUUCUACAGGAAUAUGUUCCCUGUGUCUACAGAAUGAUAAUACAGUCAUCGUAAGAACAUUUAAAUGUUUAGAUGUGUAGUUGAAUAUUAUAACUUGGUGGUAUGUGUUUUCUCGUGUCAUAUUAAUUAUGUGUUCAAGAAACUUGUGUUUUCUUUAUUACUAAAAGGUAGUGUCACUUUGUUAGGUGCACCAGUUUUAGAAAUGGUAAAGGGAGAUCACUCUAAUAAUUCCGAUUGUUAAUCAGUUUAAGCUCCCUUGAAAUUUUUUGACUUCAUUUAGCCAAGUCCAGACUAUUGUUAGUAUCACAUUAUCUCUUGUCAUUUCCGCCAGUCUGUUUAUGAGAUCCACAUCAACAUUUCCAUUUUCAUAAUCCUAUUAAAUUGUGACCAGAAAGCUUGCUUAGCUAAAUAAAAACCAUCAGUCUCGUUACAUGAAGAUAUGAAUGAAUCGAAACUGAAGGUUUAAAAUAUGACGCAACAUAUACAGUUAUAUAGUUAGUUUGUUUUGUUGAACGACAGUCUGUUAUACAGUAAACCACCCUGGGUGGACUUCAGAUAUUUUAAUUAGUGUACAUGUAUUAAGCAGACAGGUUUUUUUAAUUGUCUUCUUUUACAUACCAAUUGACGUGACUUCAGUGGCGGAUCCAUUAAUUUUGAAAUAAGAGGUCCAGUAUUCGUCAAAGUAUUAAGAUGUAAGAUUACUGGAAUGCAAAGGCGUGCAGGCUCGUCUAAUAGGGGUAGGCACGAUCUGGAGGUAUUCAAAGAAAAUGUAAAAAAAACACAAAAUUGGUGGUAUUCAUAAAAAAGUAUAAAAAGUGUUAGGUGAAUAAAAGGGCGGAAGGGUUCAAACCCAUGUAUCCGCGAUUGAGCUUCUUAACACGGGUUUGAUUGUACGUUUAGAUCUGCCAUCCACGGCCGUGUCAUAUGCGGAUAUGACGGUCAUCCAAGUCGCUAUGUAUGCUAUGAAUUUGUGUCAAAAGUUACUGAACGCUCAAUGUAUGUGUACACACUGUUUAAAAUGUUUUAGAGAAUGUUAUUUAUGUAAGCGCAAAAUACUUCUUUCUUUCUGAUAUUCUAGGAGAAUAGGACAGACUUGUUUAGAUUUCCAUUAACACUUUGAAAUAGUUAACUCAAACAAUAUAUCCAUAAUCUAUGUUCUUUGAGCUGUGUUCGUAGUUUCCAAAUAUAAAUGACAAACACAUAAACAUGUGGAGCACUGGCUGUAACUAGAAAUAGCCCAGUGAUCCCAUCGACGGGGAUCGAUCCUAGACCUACCGCGCAUCAGGCGAGUGCUUUACCACUGGAUUUUACAAAAAUGACAGUAAUAGAGUAAACAGAUAUGCCCGCAUUUCUGACACCGAAAUAGUAAUAUAGAUUAUAAUUAAAGAUGUGCCUGAGAUUUUAUAUAUCGAAAUGUGCCAAUACUAUAACAUAUAGAGAUGUGCCUUAGUUUUUGACAAAGAAAAGUAAGAGCAAUGUAACAUGCAUAAAGAUGUGCUUGAGUUGCUUGCACCGAAACGAGACUGUAAUAUAAUAUACAGAAGUGUGUCUGAGUUUCUGCACCGAAAUAUGACAGUCGUAUAAUACUGGUAUAUAUAUAUAUACAGAUGUGUUUGCGUUUCUGACACCGAAAUAUGACAGUCGUAUAAUACUGGUAUAUAUAUACAGAUGUGUUUGAGUUUCUGUCACCGAAAUAUGACAGUCGUAUAAUACUGGUAUAUAUAUACAGAUGUGUCAGAGUUUCUGACACCGAAAUAUGACAGCAGGGCUCGAACUUAACGGCGCUACCGACGACAAUUACUGUAGCUGAGACAUUAAUUGCCGUAGGUUAAGGGUUUACCGAUGGCUUUUAAUUUUUUCUUUUUUUUUGGUACAAGUGUUUUUGUGUGUGGUUUUUAUUGUUUCUUUCUUUCUUCUUUUUUUUCUUUCUUUUUUUCUGCUCUUUCUUUUUCUUUUUUGUUGCCGCUGGAUAAAAAAUAUUGAAGUCUGUUCAAGGAAUAAUUGUAUGUUUAAUUGUUGCAGAAGUUACUGGCUUAAAAUGCUACAGUCAGGCGAAACCCUUGGACAGUUGGCGUUGUUAGGUUCAAGCCCUGCCAUCAGUAGUUGCGACCUUGACCUUCUCACGAAAACGACGAGAUUAUUUUCUCAAUUUUAGGACCUAGUGCUUUGUAGUGUGUUUUCGUCGUGUUGUUUCUGUCGCUGUAAUUACGUGCAGUAAUAAGCACUGUGAAACAAUUAUUUAUAUUAUCGACCAUUGAUAUUUGAAGCAUACAAAAAAACUAACUGUGCGUGUUAAAAAAAAAAAUAUAUAUAUAUAUUUAUUUAUAUUUUUGUUCUUAGUUAUGUUGGGGCGAUAUAAACCUCGUACCUAACAAUUUAUCCUUAAAAACUGAUGUCAUAUUAUUGUAAUUAGAACCAGUGGCGUGGCCAGGGACGUGUAUGGGGUGGAGGGGUGCGGAUGUGUUUGUGUGAAAGAUGUUGACUAUCAACAUCCAGAUUUAAUGGUUCUCUACUAAAGACAAAGGUAAUAGGAGUCUUUACUACCGUGUGUCCCAGCUGUAUACGCACCCCACGCAGUUCACGUGACCCUUGCCACAACAAAUAAAUCAAAAUGUUUA